UCACACAUCACCUCAUCUCAGGGAUUGCUAUAAAAAGAGACAUCCGAGCCAACAGCUCAGUUGUCUGACUCACCGGAUGAAAGGCAGCAGAGCACGUUUUGUGUUACUGCAGUGGAGCUGAACACAUGGCUGCGAGACUGGUGUUGGGCAUCUCUGUGCUACUGGUGGCACUACCCAUUAUCUCUAAUAGUGUGAGUGGGGCAAAGACAGGAGACAGGUACAAGAGGGGCUUAACAAUGCCCGGGACACUCUGGUGCGGUGCAGGGAGCUCUGCGGAUAACUUUACCAACCUAGGUAUAUUUAAUGGGGCUGAUCUUUGCUGCAGAGAACAUGACCACUGUUCCCACCAAAUUGAAGCAUUCCAGUUUCAGUAUGGGAUGAGGAAUUAUCGUCUGCACACAGUAUCACACUGCGAUUGUGACCAAAGAUUUCGACUUUGCCUAAAUGCUUUUAAUGACACAAUCUCAACACUGGUCGGCAUCAUGUUCUUUAAUAUUUUGGAAAUGCCUUGCUUCAGUCUAAAAGAAGAAGAACAGUGUGUGGAGUGGUUCUGGUGGGGAGGAUGCAAAAAGUUUGAUUUGGUACCAAAAGCUGAGCUACAGAAACAAGCUUUCUUCAACAAUACCCACCCUAUGGGCUUGCAGGCAUCUACAGACUCCUCACAUGAACCCACACUUGUAGCCACUUCUCCAAGGCAAACUGAGGCUCCAUCUUCCUUUUCUACAGUCUUUGGUGGUAUUGCCAAGAAAAGAAGGAGACUUCUAAAGAAUAAACUGCAAGGUUACACUAUUAGAGGCUACCAGAAAUUUAGAGAAGAAGACACCCAGAAAGCCACUGAAAGAGAAAGCCUAGAACUUCCCAACAAAACCAACCUUAUACCCAAAGUAAGCAAUGUCCAUGCACUUAGACAAAAACACAUGCAGAAAUGGGCAGAAAUAUACAGCCUUCCACACAAAAAGACAUUAAACCAGGGGCAAGAAGAAGCUAAUAAGGCCCAGCAAAUAGAAGCAGAAAGUAGUUUGGUGCCAAAGACAGCCAAAGUCUCAAAAGAUGGAGUAUACAGGGACAUGGAGGAAGAGACAGUCAAACACUCCAAAAAAGAGACAGAAAGGAGCAAAAGGAAGCAACGUUCUAGGAGAAAGAAAAAACUAAGACACAGUAGCCCUGGGAAAACCAGAAACCUCAUCAAUAAUCCACUUAACAAAUUAGGGGAAGUAACACCCAUGUACAGGAAGUAAUAACAGCUACAAUUUGCCAAGAAUUCUUAUAAGGCAUAUUACUUGCCUGCUGUGAUAAUCUGCAGAAAGAACAGUUCCAUCUGAAUCUACCUCUAAACUUCUUUAUAACACAAACUGGUUCUUUGUACAAUGGUGUUGCACAAUGUUAUUCAGGUUAAAGAGGAUUAUGUAAAUAUGUAUUCUACUCAUGUAAAUACUUUUUUUUAAAUGAUGUGUGUAUAUAUAUAUAUGUACUUAAG